UAUGACAAUUAAAAUGAGACUCUUCACAUGAUGUACAACACAGUAGUACAAAGGCAACCGCUACUACGUGAUAUUUAAAAUUAGCCCUAAUAGAUGGCUGACAGUAGAAGGACAAGAGUGAGAUUAAUCCUCCAAUCAUCGCGCAAACCAACCCAAGCAUGGCUUCUUCCAAAGCUUUCCACCACCACCUUCUUCAACAAGCGUCAAGGUGAAGCGUAGCUCGCCUUCCUUCCUUCCACUGCAGCUCCUUCCUCCCUCCUCUGUUUUCCCUCUGCUCCCAGUUCAAACCAGCAGCAGCCACCACCUUCUUCAAUCUUGAUUCUUCCCACUCCACUCCACUACAACCGUGCCGAGCAAGAUCAGCCCGCCCGCGCGCGCACCCAGUCGGGCCGAGCCGCUCGCAUGGCGAAGCUGGCGUCGUCCUCGACGUUCGCGCUCGACUUCCUUCGCCGCCUCCUGUGCGCGCACAGCGCCGACGACCGUCCAGAUUCCGCCGCCGCGGCACGCCACACGUGCUGCACGCCGGAGAUGGAGGAGCCGACGAGGAGCCCCUGCAUUGUGGCCAGGCUCAUGGGCCUGGACGCGAUGCCGCCCGAGGCGCUGGCGCCGCACGCGCAGCUCCAGGCCCAGCGGACGCCCCCGCUGCGGCGGAGCCGCUCCGCGAGCUCGGCCGAGGGGUCGUCGAGCCCCUGGGACCGAGACACACAGCAGCCGCAGCCGCGAGUGGUCCGCGCGUCCGCGUCGCUGCGGGAGAGGCCGGCGUACCUGAGGCAGGAGAGCGACGAGUUCUUGCUCCUCAGCUUCAGCCCCGAUGACCAGGAUCCGGACCGGGAGCGCGAAGUCAGGGAGGAGCUCGACUUCCUGCUCGCCGCCACGGAGGCCACUGCCACGAGGCGCGGCGGGAGGGUGAGGUCGGACGCGCCCGGGACCGGGAGUAAGCAGAGGAGGAACGGGCGCUGCCGCAGGCUGCGGUUCGCCGACGACGAAGCGGAGUCGGCGGGCCGCGUCGUCCUCCGCCGCACGAGGACGCCGGCCGCGGAGUGCGACGCGCACUAUUCCAGCCCGGUGUCCGUGCUGGAGGCGCAUGACGAGUCGUCCACCACCACCACCACCACCUCGUCGUCCUUGGAAGAGGUGGAGCACGCAGAGCCCUGCUCGGCUACCUCAGAUGAACCUCAGACGAUAUUGGAACAUCGGAACUCAAGGAGGAAGCUGCAUCCAGACUUCUUCCAGUUGGACAACAUGUCGCCUCCAAGAAGCUCCUGCCAUGUCUCAAGAUGUUCAGACAGGGAGAGGAGGAACAGGAGAGUGGUGAACAAAGACGAGGUGAUCACGCCAGAAGUGUCUGGUAUCUGGCAACCAAUCUGUAGGCUGGUCGAGGAAGGUCUCAAGAACAUGGAAUGGCUAACUCUGGAUGGCGCAAAUGUUGUUUCCGAGAUAGAGUAUGGCAUCCUUGAGCACCUCAUAUGUGAGAUGGUGGAUGAACUCGAGGGAAUGUCUGAAACUAUACAUCCUUUCCCAGUCCGAUCUAUCUCUUCGAAACAAUUGGGUGGCAAGAAUGUUCAGACAAGACGUGCUACUGAACAAGCAGGCGUAGGUACAGAUAUUGCUGAACCUGGAGAUAUCAGGAACUGCACUCUCUGCUCUCUGUACUGCCAAGGUCUGAACUCUGAAACUGUACAUGAUUUUACUUUCUACUCCUUCGACUCCAUGUACUAGCACCUGAAUAAACGAAUGGCGUCUGGAUUAGUUUGGAACAAAGUACUGCAAA